GCGAGGUGUGGACAUUUUCAGGAAUCCCGGGUGCGUUGUUUUAUUUCGUGUACUUGUCGUGAGCUUGCUACGCAACAUCGAAUCAAAUACGAAGAGAAUGUGUGGGCUCAGAGAAUGUGUACUUGUUUACUUUGCCGUUCUUGUAUUUGGAGUUUGCUCCAGUAACGGACAAGCUGGAAUUAAGGGUGUGCGGCUUGUGGGAGUUCCGACAGGAGGCGAGUGUUUUCGCGGUGGAUUGGCUAGCACCCUCUCUGGACCUAAAGGAUUCAAGGGCGACCGAGGAGAGCCUGGAGUGAAGGGUCAUCCAGGCCCAGCUGGACCAGAUGGACAGAGAGGACGUAAAGGUGAAGAAGGACCUCCUGGAGGUGACGGUCCUCAAGGAUUCAAAGGUGAUAAAGGAAAUACUGGCUCUUUCGGAGGCCCUGGCCCUAGGGGCCGUCAGGGAGUUCCUGGGGAACCUGGCCAUACUGGAGAGCCUGGUCAAAUGGGGUUGCCAGGUGAUGAUGGACUGCCAGGGUGUGAAGGAAGCAAAGGUGUGAAAGGAGAUAAGGGUGUCAACGGAGAUCUUGGCAUUAAAGGUAGAAAGGGUCAGAAGGGAGAACGAGGGUUGUCAGUUAUUGGCAGGAAAGGAAAUAAGGGUGACAAGGGGGAGAAAGGAUUUAUUGGUGAAAACGGACAAAAAGGCAACAAAGGUGAUCUUGGCCCACACGGACCAGAAGGGAAAGGCAGAAAAGGUGACAAAGGAGAGCCAGAAAAGGGAGAUGUUGGUGACAAAGGUGGGAAAGGAGAACCAGGACCUGGUGGACCCCCUGGAGAGAGAUUAAAAGGUCAGAAAGGAGAGACAGGUUUUAAAGGUGACCAAGGACCACCAGGGAAAGGAAUCAAAGGUGACAAAGGAAAGGGAGACAAGGGAAAUGUCGGUGACAAAGGCAGCAAGGGUGACAAAGGAAAGGGAGACAAGGGAGAUGUAGGUGACAAAGGCAGUAAAGGAGACGAAGGACGUGUUGGACCUCCAGGUAUGGGAAUGAAAGGUCAGAAAGGAGAGAAGGGUUUUAAUGGUGACCAAGGACCACCAGGGAAAGGAAUAAAGGGUGACAAAGGAAAGGGAGACAAGGGAAAUGUAGGUGCCAAAGGCAGCAAAGGAGACAGAGGACGUGUUGGACCUCCAGGUGCGGGAACGAAAGGUCAGAAAGGAGAGCCAGGAAUAGGUGGCAUAGGUCCGAAGGGAAACAAGGGGCGUGUUGGUGAUCCUGGUCUUCGAUGGAAAGGAGAAAAGGGCUCUGUUGGCCCCAAGGGGGUUAAAGGAGAUAUAGGUCCAAAGGGCGACCCAGGAAUUGGCUAUGCAGGUGGAAAAGGUGAAAAAGGCAUCAAUGGAACUAGAGGAGAUAAAGGACUCAAAGGUUCAAAAGGAGUAGGAGAGAAGGGAAAGAAGGGUGAGAUUGGGAGACCAGGUGUGAAAGGUGACAAGGGAGAGCGAGGAUGGACUGGUCAUAAAGGUCAGAAGGGUAAAAAAGGAAUUGCGGGUGCCAAGGGAGACAUGGGACAAAAAGGAAUGAUAGGACCAGAAGGAGUCAAAGGUAAAAAGGGAAGUAAGGGAGAGCUCGGACGACCAGGACCUUCAGGACCAACAGGCAAAGGGAUUAAGGGUGACCAAGGAAUCAAAGGCAUGAAAGGUUCACCAAGUGGUGGAACUAAGGGAGAUAAAGGAAAUAAAGGUAGACGUGGUGAUAUGGGUGACAAAGGACAUAAGGGACCACCAUAUGAAAAGGGUUUGAAAGGUCAAAAAGGAGAAAAGGGAGACCACGGACAUACAGGUCCUCCAGGACCUAAAGGUAGAAGCAUUGUAGGACCAAUGGGACUAAAAGGAGUCAAGGGUGAUGGUACAGUUGGUGCAAAAGGAAACAAGGGAUUUAAAGGUGAUCAUGGUCAUCAGGGUGAGCCAGGAGAACCAGGUGUUGGUGAUGUUGGCCCACCUGGUCCAAUAGGCAUGAAAGGAGACAAAGGUGACAGGGGUCCAAAGGGACUGCCAGGACAAGGUUUAAAGGGUGUGAAGGGAGACAAAGGUUUCAAAGGCAGAAAUGGUGACGACGGUCCACCAGGGCCAUCACAGCAAGGUCCGAAGGGAGCAAAAGGAGACAGGGGAAGAGAAGUGAAGGGUGAACCAGGAGGGAAAGGUGAUAAAGGUGGACGAGGUACAAAGGGCUCAGAUGGUCGUCCUGGUAUUGGGGAGAUUGGCCCUCCUGGUCCAAAAGGAGACAAAGGUGGACGAGGUACAAAGGGCUCAAAAGGCCCUCUUGGUAUUGGGGAAAUUGGCCCUCCUGGUCCAAAAGGAGACAAAGGUGGACAAGGUACAAAGGGCUCAGAUGGCCCUCCUGGUAUUGGGGAAAUUGGCCCUCGUGGUCCAAAAGGAGACAAAGGGGAAAUAGGUGAAAAAGGACAGAGAGGCCAACGAGGGCCAAUUGGUCCCAUUGGCCCAAAGGGAGAGAAAGGUUCUAAGGGUGUGCAAGGGAUCGUGGGACCACCUGGACGGAAUGGCAUUCCUGGACCAAGAGGGCCAUAUGGAACCAUUACUAUUGUUCGACACAGCCAAACUGCAAGUAUUCCAGACUGCCCACGUGGAUUUUCAGCACUCUAUUCUGGCUACUCGUUUGUCUUUGCUCAUGGAUUUGGUUUAGCACAAGGUCAAGAUCUAAGUCGAAGUGGCUCGUGUGUACAGAAAUUUGUAGAAAUACCAUUUGUGGCAUGCAGUGGUGGACUUUGUGAUUCUAGAAUGAGAGAUGGAUACAGUUACUGGCUUGCUGUGAAUGGACUCAAUCAACCUAAUGGAGGCAAUAAUGCUGGCUUUAUAAGUCGAUGCAGAGUCUGUGAAGGCAGUGCUGCGGUUAUUACUUUGCACAGCCAGCUGCAAGCCACGCCUUCUUGUCCUUCAGGAUAUGUUAGUCUUUGGAAUGGGUACAGCUAUUACAUGAAUUCUGGUGUGACUGGGGAAGGCAGUGGUCAAGAUCUUGCUUCUCCUGGGUCGUGUCUGGAAAUGUUUGCUGCUAUACCGUUUGCUGAAUGCAACAGCCAUAAUCGAUGUCAGCGUCAGACAUCAAAUCGUGGCUAUUGGUUAGCUGCGACGGAUGUCAAACAUGACUCAAGUGUCCCAAGUAACUCAGACCAGGCAGCUCAAAGAAUAGGCAGGUGUCGAGUAUGUGCUCGAAGUGACUAAUUGACUAUUAAGUUGAAGAACAAAUAAUAUAACGUUGUUAUGUGUAUUUGUAGCAUAGUUUCUAUUUCUGAUUAUUAGACUAGACUUAGUGAAGUUUAGCUGGUACUUUUGAUGAAGUGCAAGAAAUUGUUUUCGGCAUAUUGAAAUACUGGCUGGACUUAGUAUGAACAUGGGGUUGAAAUGUUAAUUGUGAUAAGGUGUAUAGUUUAUCGUUAUGUUUGUUUUUGGAUUAAUCAGAAAGCUGAGGUUUUGAA